AUGGCCGGCUGGCAGAGCUACGUGGACAAUCUGAUGUGCGAUGGCUGCUGCCAGGAGGCCGCCAUUGUGGGCUACUGCGACGCCAAGUACGUCUGGGCAGCCACGGCCGGCGGCAUCUUCCAGAGCAUCACGCCAGUAGAAAUAGAUAUGAUUGUAGGAAAAGACCGAGAGGGUUUUUUCACCAAUGGCCUGACCCUUGGUGCAAAGAAGUGCUCUGUGAUCAGAGAUAGUCUGUACGUGGAUGGUGACUGCACAAUGGACAUCAGGACAAAGAGUCAAGGUGGUGAGCCGACGUACAAUGUUGCUGUAGGCAGAGCUGGCCGAGCAUUGGUUAUAGUCAUGGGAAAAGAAGGUGUCCAUGGAGGGACACUCAACAAGAAAGCAUAUGAACUGGCUUUAUACCUGAGGAGGUCUGACGUCUGAGCAGCCUCUCCCCAUCCACCUAGCAACUGUCUUCACCACCACCCAGUUGUGUUCAGUGCUACCAGUCUGUAGAUGGUAGUUUGUGGGUUUUUUUUAUUUACCCAUCUCCUGACAUCAUAAUUCCAGUUACCCUUUGUUCAUCUAUAUGUUAACCACUCUAUGUAACCAAGUCCCAUAUCUGGCACCACACUGCACCACACAGAUGAUAUGCAUGAUACCUUGAGAAACUCCUGGGAGGGAGGGGAACAUGCCAAGUGUAGGCUUUGCUUGGUCUUAGGGCUUAGUGUGACACUGACAACUAAAGCAACUCAAACACUAAACACCACAAGGUGCCGGUGUACAAUCGCGGCUGGCCAGCGCCUCUCCAGCACUUUGAGCAGCGACUCAGCUCACCAGUCUUCCUUCAUGAGCAUGGGUGGGAGGAGAAAGUGCAUGCAUAUCUUGACUUCUGUCCCUUUCUUCUUUCAUUUUGUAAAAAAAAAAAAAAAA